GCAGCGGAGUUCCCUUUUCACACGCCGCGAAACUGAGGGGAUGCGACUGUUGGGUCUCAUCUGGGCCGCCUGCUUCGUACUGCAGGAGGUUCGGGCGUGGGGCUUCAAGAACGGGAUACUGCACAACUCCAUAUGGCUGGAACAAGCGGCUGGAGUGUACCACCGGGAAUCCCGCAAGGGGAGGUACCAGCUGACCUACAUGGAGGCCAAAGCUGUGUGCAAGUUCGAGGGGGGGAAACUGGCGACCUACGAGCAGCUGGAGGCGGCCCGCCAAAUAGGCCUCCACAUAUGCGCGGCUGGUUGGUUUGACCGAGGGAGAGUUGGCUACCCUAUUGUGAAAGCUGGCGCAAACUGUGGCUUUGGAAAGGUGGGCAUCGUCGACUACGGCUACAGGCUGAACAAGAGCGAGAGGUGGGACGCCUAUUGCUACAACCCCAAUGCUAAAGAGUGCGGUGGUAUUCUGACAGACCAGCAGCGGGUCAUCCAGUCCCCUGGCUACCCAGAGGAGUAUGAGGAUGAGCAAAUCUGCUAUUGGCACAUCCGUGUGCGUUAUGGCCAGAAAAUCCGCUUGCGCUUCCUGGAGUUCGACUUGGAGGAGGACACUUCCUGUCUAGCUGACUACCUGGAGGUUUACGACAGCUACGAUGACAUUGCAGGCUUCGCAGGGAGGUUCUGUGGUUAUGAACUCCCAGAAGACUUCAUCAGCACAGGGAACGUCAUGACUCUCAAGUUCCUAUCAGACUCCUCGGUGACAGCGGGUGGAUUUCAGAUAGAGUACCUGGCGGUAGACUCACCUGUUGACCCAACCAAUGGCACUGAUCCCAUGAGUCUUUCAGAACUGACCAAUGACUGAUCGGUCAGUUCAUGUGACCUAGAACUGAUAAAGAUACA